GUUAGAGAUUAGAGACCGCAUAACAUAAUGAUUCACGAGUUGCUUCUGGCUCUCAGCGGGUAUCCUGGGAGUAUCUUCACCUGGAACAAGCGCACGGGACUGCAGGUGUCGCAGGAUAUACCAUUUCUCCAUCCAGGUGAAACCAGUGUUUUGAACCGGCUGUGCAAGUUGGGCACAGAUUAUAUUCGCUUCACAGAAUUUAUUGAACAAUACACAGGACAUGUGCAGCAACAGGAUCACCAUCCCUCACAACAAGGGCAGGUUGGCCUGCAUGGCAUUUACUUGCGAGCGUUUUGCAGAGGCCUUGAUUCAAUACUUCAGCCAUACAGACAAGCCUUAUUAGAUCUUGAGCAGGAGUUCCUUGCUGAUCCACAUCUGUCAAUUUCUCACAUUAAUUAUUCCCUCGACCAGUUUCAUCUUCUGUUUCCAUCAAUCAUGGUUGUGGUGGAACAGAUCAAGAGCCAAAAGAUUCAUGGCUGCCAGAUACUGGAGACUGUGUACAAGCACAGCUGUGGUGGAUUGCCCCCUGUACGCAGUGCAUUAGAAAAGACACUGGCAGUGUGUCAUGGAGUGAUGUAUAAGCAGCUUUCAGCUUGGAUGCUUCAUGGACUUCUACUGGACCAGUAUGAGGAAUUCUUUGUUAGGCAAGGAUCAUCAUCUGGAAAUUUAGCUGCAGCAUUUGAGGAAGAGGAAGAUGAUCUGGGUAUUGGGGGUCUGACCGGAAAGCAGCUGCGAGAACUGCAAGACUUGCGUCUUAUAGAGGAAGAGAACAUGCUUGCCCCAUCACUCAAACAAUUUUCACUGAGGGCUGAAAUGCUGCCGUCAUAUAUUCCAGUGAGAGUUGCAGAGAAAAUACUGUUUGUGGGUGAAUCUGUCCAGAUGUUUGAGAAUCAAAAUGUAAAUAUGUCGAGGACAGGUUCCAUCUUAAAAAACCAAGAAGACACAUAUGCAGCAGAGCUCCAUCGGCUGAAGCAGCAGCCUCUCUUCAGUUUGGUGGAUUUUGAAUCUGUUUUAGACCGAAUCAGAAGCACGGUAGCCGAGCACCUGUGGAAGCUUAUGGUGGAGGAAUCAGAUCUACUGGGUCAACUCAAGAUUAUUAAAGAUUUCUACUUACUUGGGAGAGGAGAAUUGUUUCAGGCUUUCAUAGAUGUUGCCCAGAAUAUGCUGAAAACACCACCUACUGCAGUAACUGAACAUGAUGUUAAUGUUGCCUUCCAGUUAUCUGCACAUAAAGUUUUAUUAGACGAUGACAACCUUCUUCCACUGCUAAACUUGACAAUCGAUUACCAUGGAAAAGAACAUAAAGAUACAUCCCAGCCCCGGGAAGGUCCAUUUCGUGACAUGUCUCCUAGAGAAGCCCCCACAUCAGGAUGGGCAGCCCUCGGCCUCUCCUAUAAAGUACAGUGGCCCUUACAUAUUCUCUUUACACCAGCAGUGCUGGAGAAGUACAAUGUGGUCUUCAAGUAUCUGCUGAGUGUGAGGCGGGUGCAGUCAGAACUUCAGCACUGCUGGGCUCUUCAGAUGCAGAGAAAACAUUUAGAGUCAAAUAAAACCGAUGCCAUCAAGUGGCGGCUACAGAACCACAUGGCGUUCCUGGUGGAUAAUCUUCAGUAUUACCUGCAGGUGGAUGUUUUGGAAUCUCAGUUCUCUCAACUCCUGCAGCAAAUUAACUCAACACGGGAUUUUGAGAGCAUACGCCUGGCACAUGACCACUUCCUAAGUAAUCUGUUGGCCCAGUCUUUCAUUUUGCUCAAACCUGUUUUCCACUGUUUAAAUGAAAUCUUAGAGUUGUGCCAUAGUUUUUGUUCAUUAGUCAGCCAAAACCUCGGCCCCCUAGAUGAGCGCGGAGCUGGACAGCUCGAUAUUCUUGUGAAAGGUUUCAGUUGUCAGUCGUCACUUUUGUUCAGAAUUCUCUCCAGCGUGAGGAAUCAUCAGAUCAACCCUGACCUGGCCCAGCUCCUACUCAGAUUAGACUAUAAUAAAUAUUAUACACAAGCAGGAGGCACACUUGGCAGUUUUGGCUUAUGAAGACAAGAUUCUAAAGCUGGCCAUAUAUGUAAAGAUUUUUAAAAGAUCCAAUCGUUAUCGUGAGACCACGAUAACCUCAAAAUGAUCGUUUAAAUGUACGAUGUGUCCAUCAACUAAAAAGAACAUUUCAGGCGAUAUUGCCAGCAAAACUGAAGCGUAGCUGGCUGCUUGGCCCUGCAAACAUAUAUAGAUCGCACUGGGACCGAUAAAGAUUUUUUAAACCUGGCUGAUCAAUUUUCUGACAGAUGUCGGCCAAUAAAACGGUAAGAUGUACUAUCGUUCGAAUCCCACGAUAAUUUGACGGAUUGGUCGGACUUCGCUGAAAUCGGUCAUUCACCAACGAAGAAUAGUCGCGUCUAUUUCCCAUUAUUUGCUUUAUUUCAGCACAACACUGAACAGCAAAUGCACCAAUAUGUUUACAGCGGAGACAACACAAGUGAGUGGAAAUGGCCUUGUGAAGAGAACAUUCACUACACUGGUCCUUUCUCAUUAUUCUGCACUUAAUGUUUGGGUGGUUUUUUGCUGUUUUUUUUUUGCUGUUUUAAAUCUAUACUGGAUGUCUGAUCACCCCAAUCCUGGGAAUUGUAAAUAUUUAAUAUCACUAUUUCCAGAGCUCCUACACAGAUAACAAGAUGUAAACCUAUAUAUAAAUGUAAA